AUGCCCAUCGGUAACUCACUCGAGACCAAAAAGAAGGCUUUUCGUUUGGACCUGUCCAGGCUCAUGCCACACACAUGCACGACCGCGGAACCUAUAAGAAGCUCAUACCAAGAAAGAAGUCCAUCAUUGCUCCAGCGCCUCGGGAACAUUGAUUUGUUCAAAGACCUGCUUUUCAACAGGGAGAAGGUAUAUCAAAGCCUCAGAGCGGUCUCGCCGGUCGGAACAAGCGCGAGCAAAGAGGAGGAAGGCGUGAGGCAGUCCUACGGAGCUGAGAACAAGGCUUCGCGGACUGUGGUCCGGUCCAUCGAGCCCAAGGUGGAAAGGGGGAAUUCCAGUGAAUACAGCUCCAUGUUGGCUUACCUCAACAGUGCCAACAUGGUUGUGAGUAGACCGAGAGUAAGACCGUCAAGAAAGGCGCCAGCUAAAGCGAAAUCCAAGCAAGAACCGAGCCCUAUCAUAACGAGAAAGCGUAGUUCUCUAGUCACCAACAAGACAGAACGCGCGCUCAGAGUGCGGAAAACGGCAGCGAAAGCAAACAGUGGGAGAAGAGCGAACGGAAGAGGCGCCAGUGCCACAGAGGCCUUCCUAAUCUCCGAUGAUGACAACAACGACGACUUCAUCCAGCCACGGCGGGAGAGUAGGACUGACAGUCUUACGCCGCCCCGUCAGAUGGUCAAGGUAGACUCGGUGAGUGGGGAAGAUGAUCUAACCCCCCCACCCACGUGCAGCAACCACCUUGGAAAUGAGCUUGUGUGUAUGGGAAGGAGACACACGAAAGAGCUUGAACAGAUCCGCCAGCAGCUUUUUGCGUCCGAAGCCAAGGCGAAGCUGAUCAGAGAAGAUAUUGAAAGACGAGCUGCAGAGCUGCAACGCCGACACAGUAUCACAAGCGACAAGCAGAUGGCAGACCUGAACGAGAUGCUUGAAGCCGAACGAUGCCGAUCAGGCGAUACAUCUUGGAAAUGUCAUCAUCUGCACCGAGAGCUGGAAGCAGCCGGCAACCGUCUGGUGGGAGAAGCGGAGCUGAUUCGAGAGCGCGAUGAAUACAAACGACUCUACACGGAAGAGCAGGAUGUCAACACCAAGCUCACGCACAACCUGACCGAGAAAGAAGGAGAAGCGGCACACGUAGCUACGGCAGCGGCGGAAGACAGGCAGCAACUAGCGGCGCAGAGGGAGAAACUCCAACAGCAAGUCGCCCGGCUGAAGGACGAGAACGCAGCGCUGAAAGCAGUUUGUUCUUUGCAAAUUGCAGAGAGGAGUGAUGAUAGGAGCGUAUCUCCGGUGCCCUCGCAGUCUUCCAUCACUUCUCAUACUGAGCAACGACUGGCCAACGUUCGAAAGACGUAUGUUACGGUCAAGCGAAGGUACGACAGUCUUCGUGCGGUCGCCAUCAACCUCUCCACAACGACACGUUCAUGGGACUACAGGAACUUGGGAGAGUUGGGACACUAUCUUCGGCAAAUGAGAGCUGUGCUCGACGAGAGUGGACAGAAAAGCCAGACGGGCGACCUGGGCGGUUCCGUGGCGAAGGUGGAAUAA